GCGGGCGCAGGGAGCGCUCCGGGCCCCAGCAGGAGCUGGAAGAACAGACACACAGGCCUGUUAGUGCGCUCACGGGGAACAGAGCCUUCGGAAAGAACCAGCCUGUUACCGUGAAGUGCCAGCUUUAUAUGGCUCACAUCUGACAACAUGCACCACCAGUGGCUGCUGCUAGCUGCAUGCUUUUGGGUGAUAUUCAUGUUCAUGGUUGCUAGCAAGUUUAUCACAUUGACUUUUAAAGACCCAGAUGGCUAUGGUGCCAAGCAAGAGCCAUUGAUACUGACAGCUGUGACAAAAGUGGAGGAGGUACAUGUGCCAGAGGAAAAACAUUGGCCUGAAGAAUUCCAGCCAACUGGAAAAGCUUUUUCAGGAAAUCUGAUCCACCAACCCCUUGUUCAUAUGGAAAGACUUGAGCUUCUCAGGAAUGUCUGCAAAGACACUGCAUUGAGAGAUCUCUCUCACACCGCAGUUUCCAAAUUCGUCUUGGACCGAAUAUUUGUGUGUGACAAGCACAAGAUCCUGUUUUGUCAGACGCCAAAAGUGGGCAACACUCAGUGGAAAAAAGUCUUGAUCGUUUUAAAUGGAGCAUUUUCUUCCAUAGAAGAGAUCCCAGAAAACAUUGUACAUGAUCAUGAGAAGAAUGGCCUUCCACGCUUGUCCUCUUUUAGUGACUCUGAAAUUAAAAAACGACUGAAUUUAUACUUCAAGUUUUUUAUUGUUAGAGAUCCAUUUGAAAGACUUAUUUCUGCCUUUAAAGACAAGUUUGUGCACAAUCCUCGGUUUGAACCUUGGUACCGGCACGAAAUUGCUCCCGGCAUCAUUCGUAAAUACAGAAAGAAUCGCACAGAGACCAAAGGGCUGCAGUUUGAGGAUUUUGUGCGCUACCUGGGGGACCCUAAUCACCGCUGGCUGGAUGUUCAGUUUGGUGACCACAUCAUUCACUGGGUAACAUACGUGGAACUCUGCGCUCCCUGUGAAAUCACAUACAGUGUGAUCGGACACCACGAAACCCUGGAGGACGAUGCUCCGUAUAUCCUGAAGGCAGCUGGCAUAGACCACCUGGUGUCAUACCCCACAAUCCCACCAGGCAUAACCGUGUACAACAGAACAAAAGUAGAGCGGUACUUUUCUGGAAUUAGCAAGAGAGACAUAAGACGCCUCUAUGCACGAUUUGAAGGCGAUUUUAAACUCUUUGGUUAUCGUGAGCCUGAUUUCUUGCUUAACUGACAUCUGGGACAAGAUCUCAGAAAAUAUCUCAUGGAUUAAUCUAAACCUGUGUGAAUACCAGCUGCAACGCUGGCAGAGCUGAGAAUGACCAUUUGUUUUCUAGCUUUUCAAUGUUGCUCCACUUUUCAGUCAAAUAUUUGUCAUAUGAACAAGUAGGGGCUUAUAGUUGUUGUUUCUUGACCAUGUUUUCAGUACAUGACAUUGCAAUCUGUUAGGAAUUAUGUCUCUGUUAUCUAAAAUACAGAAUUUGACUUCUCCUCUCUUCCCUUUAGGAAAAAAGAGGGAGAACAAAUGGGCUAUGCUCUUCCCUCUCCUCCCAGACAGAGUGCCACUUUUGAAACGUUGUGAAGUAUUUAUAAAGAUGGCAAUUUCACUGUAGGUUAACCCUGACACUUGGGUAAACAUAAUGAUUCCUGCUCAUGAGAAAGUCAUGUAGUCUCCCAUGAGCUUUGUAAAUGAGAGGCCAGUACAAGACUAGAAAUUAAUUAAAUGCUUGACAAAUAUAACCAUCUAGGUUCUGUUAUGUGACUGCUACAAUAGUGCUGAUUUAAUCCCAUUCUUGUUUGUCAAAAAAUGAACCUAAUUAGACAGAAGCUUUUAGAGAUGUAAGAAAAUGAACUGGUUCCACACCCCAGUUGUCUCUGUAUUUUUGUCAAGUGUUUACUGUAUUUACUACUGAUGUAUUGAGCCUCAUAAUUCUACUUUUGAUUUUCAAGAGAUUAUUUAACUCCUGGCUAUGUAAGUUAUGUGAGAACACCAACUGCAAGUGGAGCAUAGAAGAAAUAUGAAGCUGUUAAGGGAACUGUUAAGGAAAAUUAAUUUAAAGUAUCAGUUGUAUUUGUGGGAGCUCAUAUAAUAAUCACAAGAUGCUCUCACACAAUUUAACUUGUCUUUUCUUCUAACAGUUAAGAUUAAUAAAGAAGUUACAAAAGCAAGAUGUCAUAUUAAAGAGUUGCUUACUUGGAUUAACAAUCCACCUUUUUCAUGUAUUCAGCCUUGCUCAGUUUAGUACCUCAGAAGAAACUUUAUCCCCCUCUGAAAAUUCAUCUCCCUACUGCUAAAGGCGAGGAGACAAGAUGAAUCCCUGAUUUUUCCAGUGAUUCGCUGCCACGGUGUCCCAAGUGAAACAUAACUAACAUUUAUGUUACUGAUGUGGUAAAUUGGCUAUUUGCUAAAAAUUUAAAUGUCACCUGAAUUUGUGUACCCAUUUUAUGCAUUAAAAAAAGUAACUGAAUUGAGUGGAUGCAACCAUCAUAUUUGCUUGUACUUGUGUUGUGUCUUAUAAAGAGCAGUCUCUUCUCUGAGUUUACCAGUAAUAAAAAUCAGUGUGCUGCCACUUCAUCCUGCAGGCCAUGGAAGAGGUAGACCAAAUGUCUGAAAUACAGGAAUUGCUCUGUUGCAAUGAGCAUGUGAGCUGUAUUUUUAAAA